GGGGCGGGGACUGACGGCGCGGCUGGAAGGCAGAGCCGGUGGCAGAGCCGGUGUCAGAGCCGGUGGCAGGGACGGCUGGCGGCCCCACCGGGGAACGGUUCCCCUCCCGGGGGGUGGUUCUCUCUCCUCCCGUGGGACGGUUCUCCUCCCGCGCCGAGCCCGGGCCGCUCGGCGGAGCCUCGGCUCCGGUUCCCUGCAGCAGUCGGUGCCCCCCCUCGGGCCGCGCUCCGCCUGCUGGUGCUGUGCGCUCCGGCACCGAACCGCGACAUGACAAGGGCGAUCCUGGGCACGGCUCAGUUGACGCCGUCGGUCUGAUUGAGAGUCACACAAACGUAAAACUCCACGUGGAGCUUUAAAUGCCGGCUGCCACAUAACCGCAAUAUCCACAGUGACGCCACAGGAGCCUGCGGUGUUAAGGGAUGCUCAGGCUUCGCCAUCGGCUUUUGUUCCUUCCUAUCGGCUUCUUCCUUCUCUGUCCCUCCGAGGUGAACAGAGCACUGAGGUCUUGAUCUCUUCUCGAUGGCUCUUUUCCUCCUUCAGUUACAGACAAGUAUGUUGGUACAGGAGAUCCGGCUUCCGGAAACAUAAAAUAGAAGGUUAAAGCCCCUGAUUUUUGUCUGCUCCUCAGGUACAACAGUGGUUGUGAGCGAUCCUGCCGUGCCAAUGGGGGCUGCUGGCGUCCAGGGUGCCAGGGAGGACAGAUAUGUGGUAUGUGGCCGCACUUGAGCAGCCUGUUCUGGUCAGUCAGGGCUCUGGGAUGCUCAGUGCGCCGUGUGGAAAAACUGAGCAAGCAGAACGUGAAACUUGAUGCUGAAGGUGAGGAGCACUAGGAAGCAGCUUCGGGUAGGAAACUCCACGUCUCUUCUGACAAAGAAACUGCAAUUUACCUUGUAUUGGUGCAGCAGAGCAAAGAAACAAGACUGUCGUUGCAAAACAAGAUUCAGGACAACAAUAAUCUGCAGUUUCUCAAAGCAGUGCCGAGCUGCGCCCCCUGCAGUGUGCAAGGCUCCCACAGCGCUGAGCUGCAGCAGAGGAGGCCGAUGGUCGGACAGCGGGGUGCGGUGCUGCUGUGUUCCCUGGGGACCCACUGCUACACUCAGAAACAUUAACACGGCGGAAGGGUGAUACAGAGGUGUAACAGCAACGAGGCUCGCGCAGACAGAACGGUGUUUCAAACAAACAGUGCUCACCCAUUUCUGCAGAUCUGGGCUCACAAGAAAGUCUGCCCCGGAGGGAGAUGUACAGGGGAAGGAUUUCUGGUGGGAGCUGUCAGCCCUUCAGUGAGGUGCAGCCCGGCUCCAGCCCCUGCUGUCCCUCGGCUGAGUGCCUUCACCUGUGCUCCCAGGGGCUCAGUCAGUGGGUCGGCCGGGACUCAACAGUUCCCAUACACCCACCGAGCCUGCCCUGCACACACAGCCAAACCUGCACAGGUUCCGAGGCGUUCUGGCACACCUGUGUGAUUCUGGUGGCCUGUGCUGUUACCAGCCUCUCUGAGAAGAUAAUCAGGGAAAAAAAAAACAAAAACAGUCAAAUACAGAAAGUGGGGAAAAUCCCCCACUGUUUCUAUGGACUCGUACAGAUGUGACCAGCUUGCAGUUUUCUCAAAUUGAGAUCUGCACUCAGGAGGUUCUCUGGCUCUCAACAAUUAAACGGGGAUGAUGCAAGAGGUCCUUCUCACACUGAAAUACAGUGACACAGCUGAGCAUGAUCUGUAAGAAAUAAUCUUAUAAACAGAGCUAGCGCAUCAAAAUGGAGCAAUUUAUUUUCUGUGUAUUGUAAUUUGCUCAACAGUGUUAAUGUCAUUGUCUCACAGGAGUGCAUGGAAGCAGGCAAAUGCAUGAACAAAGGGGAAAAAAAACAACAAAAACCUGUUUAUAAACACCCAGAGUAAAUUCCAUCUUGAAAGUAAGACUCGGGAGCAGGAUCACAAAGGGCAAAUACGAAGAUAGAAGAUUUUCAGAGCUUUUUAUGCCAUCCUCCUGUUUUCAGGAGAUCGUCCGCGCUCCUUCCAGCAGCCGCGGGGCGGGACGGGCGCUGCCCGCCGGUGGGAGCGGCGCGGUGCUCGCGGGGCCGAUGGAGAGCGCCGCUGAAGAGAUGCCGCCGCCCGGCCCGGACAGCAGUGCCCCUGGGAAGGCUGCGGAACGAUGCCAAGAGGAUGAUGAGGACUGUCCCGCAUCUCCGUACGCAGAAGAUACAGGAACAUCACAGCUGCAGUUUGGAGUUCUGGAGCUCUCGCAGAGCCAGGACCUGGAGAGUGAUGUUGCACCCAAUGAAGAUGUUAGGAAUCAGCUUCACUCGGGAGCUGCUAUCCUUUGUUCUUCCAGAACUGUGAAGAAUGAUACUGAAGAUGAACUGAAUGUCAAAAACAGGGAAACUGUCAGCAGCAUAGAAACACAUUCUACUUCAGAAGGCCAACCGAAGGAGUUUGAAGGAACACUGCUGGAUGCAGAAGAACGUUCCAGGAAAGAGGUGCUUGUCUCUAAUCCAUCGAAAACUGAGAAAUGCGUUGACGCUGGUCAUGAGGAGUUGGAUAUCUUGUCGACUCAGGAAGAGAUGUUUCCUGAAAAUAAUAUAACAGGGAGUGACUGCCUUGUAACCAGAGAGGAAGAGGGAAAUUCUCUGGCAUGUACUCCUGCCCGCAGUCUGCACCUCCUGCAGCUCUCUGGACAGGGAUCCCUUGUACAGGAGAGCCAUUCCACUGGCUCUCCAGGUGUAGUUGUUCCUUCUCCUGUUGGCCUAGCAUCCAAUGCUCUCAUCCCUAGCAGUCCUACUGAACAGGACCAAACAAAAGAUGAACAGGUGGAUAUCUCUACUGUUGCCAAAGGAAGAGAUCUGGUGCAGAAGGGACAGAAGGAAAACAGACUGAUGCAGGAGGAGCAGAAGAGAGAUGUGCUUAUCCCACCAGGGCCUGCAGUCCUGCCACAGGCUUCAACUCCGGUGUCUCAGAGUGCCCCAGCCUUCUUUCCUGAGUCUUUACCUAUACCAUCACAACCAGUGUUCUCUCAUGUGAGCGUUCAUGAUAUCUUCGUUCCAACUCAGAGCCCGGAGAAGAAUGAGGGAGAAGAAAAAGCUGCUGUUUCAACUUAUCCAUGUGUACCAGGAGACCUUUCUGGACCCACAGAUGCUUUGUCAAAGAUGCCUGUGGAAGACACUGUGUCACAGCCUUCUGAGUCUUGUAAUCUGAUGCUUUCUGCAAGUGGAUGUAGCCAGCCCACAAACACAGAAAUCAGUUCAGAGUCUCUGAAAACUAGCCAUGAAAAUAAUGAAGUUACACAGAUCCAGAUGAUUACUGAAUGCAGUAUUUCAGACUUGAGACUCUCUUCUGUGGAGAAUGGUGACAGAAAAAUAAGGCUGGAUGCAGGUCAUCAAGCCCUUCCUGAGAACUGUGAAAAAGCAGAAAAGGAGGACAUACAUACUGCAGGAAAGCCUGUAAUGCAGUUAGGUAGUACAGGCAAAGCAGGAGAUGGGACAUCAGCCCCUACAGCCCAUCAGGCUCAUGGGUGUAUUUCUGGAAGUCAGGCUGCUGUGGAUCAGUCUCACCCUGAGAUUUUGUGCUGUGCUGACGGAAGAGAAGCUCAAUUAGAGGGUUAUUCACUGAAAGCAAGUUCUCAACGCGAGGCAGUUCCUGAGACUCAGUGUGAAGAACAGGAAGAGAAGAUGCAUAUAGAAGAGAUUGAAAUGAAUGAAGAUGAGUCUCUUGUUAACAUGGCUGCUUCUCAGAGGUUCUUUCUUGAAAGGAAGGUAGAGCACAAUGAAGAGCUGGAAGUACAGGUUGCUGGUGGUUCUUGUAAAAAUAGCAGAAAACUGUCUGAGACCCAAGAAUUAGGAAAGUUUGGACCAGAAUGCUGGGAAAAAGAAACUUCAAAAGGUGGAGCUCUUGGCAGUGGAGCAGCAAAGAAUGUGGAUAAACUGUCCUUUAAAGCUGCUAGAGAAAGCAUGCAGAAGCUGAAUGAAGCUUUAUCUAAGCCUUCUGUAGGGGAGUUAUUGGAACAGCACAAAUUGUUUUCUAAAUUAAAGAUUGACAUUCCAUCUGAGAUGAAACUGUGUGCCAAAAGCCAUGCAGAAAGUUCAAAAUUGCAUCAGAUAAUGGAGUCUCAACCACCACAGCAAGAGAGGGAAGCUGACAUACAGCAGGAGAAUCAGGUGCAAAAGGAUACAGAGAUUACUGCUACGGCAGUGAAUCCGGAGCAAGAAGAACAGAUGCAGCUGGAGGAGCAGACAGCUGCUAAGUCCCCCAGUCCUUCCAAUGGAACACCAUUUCAUUUCACUUUGCCAAAGGAGGGUGAUACCAUUCAACCAUUGACCAGCAUAACACCACCUCUCACUGGCCAACUUAAAAUGGGACCAAGAAGACACAGCACACCAAUUGUGGAUGAUAGUUGUCCAGACAGCACUAUAGCAACUAGUGAUGUUACUGCAGAGGGCACAAUGGGGACCAACAGUGUCACUGUGGAAAGUGCAGUGGUGUCAGCAGAUGUGUCUGAAGUGUGUGAAAAAGGAGAUUCUUGUGCAGUUCCUCAGGCUGAUGUAAAACUCUCUCUACGAAUGAACCUUGUUACCCCUUUGAAUGAUGGGAGCGAUGAGUCUCUACCAUUCAGCUUGGAAAAGCCCACAGCCAGUGACAAGAAAAUUGGAUCCCCUGCUGCUGCCAGGUGUGGGGCUGAUAGAAGAAACAUAACAAAGUCUGAUGUACUGAGUUCACAGUUUAAUUUGUUGACCAAAAUCUCCCAGAAAGAGUCUUCUGUGUUUAGUCGUGUCUGUGAAGUUCGGCGAGAGGAAGAGGCUAGAGAUCACAGCCUUUCAGCUUCUCCAUUUAGGGGGAAUCUAUUCAGCUUUCCUGGCGCAGGAAAGAAUGCUGAAAUAUGUGAAAAUCCUAGUGAUCAGCAACACAGAGCAGAUGACAGUGGUGGACAGCUCCUGAUACUUCAGAGACUGCAGCAGGGCUGCCAUCAACAACCUUCUUGUACAGAGCAGAAAGAGUCGGGGGAGGCUGGUAUUGUAACCACUCAGGUGGAAGAAGGGGCAAGAAUGCAGAAGAAACCAAGUAAGGUUGAUAAAAGCCAAGGGAAGCAGGCUGAUACCGAUAAUAAAGGGAUUCAAACUACAGCAGACUGUCUUUUUACUCUAACAAUGGCUACAACAGCAACACAAACCGCAGAAGGAACUUGUAGGCGAGUGGAUGUAGGAACCAGUAUGUGUGGGCAAAGACCUGGGCAACAAGAUGUAAACAUCCAAACUGAGGAGGGCAGACAAAAGCUUGUGAAUACCUCUGCAGAAGACACAGACUCUCUGCACAGUCAGGUGGGAGAGGAUGAAUUUAACCUUCUUCACCCUCCAAGAGGCCAGGUUCAGCGUCGCCAUGUGCGAACUAUUCGAGAGGUACGGACUGUGGUUACACGUGUUAUAACGGAUGUUUACUAUGUAAAUGGUGCAGAGGUGGAACGGAAGGUAGUUGAGGAAACUGAGGAGCCUGUAGUGGAGUGCCAGGAAUGUGAGACUGACACAUCCUCCUCUAGAACUACGGUUGGCUCAUCGUUGACCUCUGGGGACCUUGGUGAUGUCAGCUCCUUCUCUUCUAAGGCCUCAAGCCUCCACCGCACAUCCAGCGGAGCAAGCAGUGGUCUCUCUGCCACACACAGCAGCAGUGGUUCAGCACGAGGAACUGGAGUGGUCAAAGGGAAAGUGUGUGGUACAGAAAGUGGAGAGUUUGCUUUGCCCAUUGGCAGAGGUGUCGUAGGAAAACUAAGCCCUAGGAAAGGAGUUGGUCAACCAGUAUCUCCUCUUAGAGUUUGCCAGGCAGGAGCAACACUUCUGUGUGAGGAAGAGGAGGACUCUAUACAUGGGACUCGCCAGGGUGGCAAAGCACCUGUGACACCUCGUGGGCGAGGUAGAAGAGGCCGCCCACCCUCCCGAACAACUGGGACAAGAGAUUCAUCUGGAAUUCCUGCUGUGGAGGACCUCUCAACUACAGGAUCACCUGAGGAGAAAUCAUUUGUCCGUACAGUUGGCCUACCUGAUGGAGGGGAAAAAUCUGAUGCAUCUGGCUUCUGUGCCUUACGUCGAAGUGACUCUCCAGAAAUUCCACUGCAAGUGGUGGCUGUUCCUUCAGACUGUACAGACUCAUCUGCUGGGAGCAGCUUUGUGGGCCUCAGGGUUGUGGCAAAAUGGUCUUCAAAUGGAUACUUCUAUUCUGGGAUGAUUACCCAAGAUGUUGGAGGAGGGAAGUACAAGCUUCUCUUUGAUGAUGGGUAUGAAUGUGAUGUACUAGGAAAAGAUAUUUUACUCUGUGACCCUAUCCCACUGGAGACUGAAGUAACUGCGCUCUCAGAGGAUGAGUACUUCAGUGCAGGUGUAGUGAAGGGACACCGGAAGGAGUCUGGAGAGCUGUAUUACUGCAUUGAAAAGGAAGGUCAGAGGAAGUGGUACAAGCGAAUGGCUGUUAUCCUGUCUCUGGAACAAGGAAAUAAGCUCCGAGAGCAGUUUGGACUGGGUCCUUACGAACCCGUCACCCCCCUGACUAAGGCAGCUGACAUCAGUCUCGAUAAUCUUGUGGAGGGGAAGCGGAAGCGACGCGGUAACCUUGUCUCUCCCAGCACCUCCAGCAGUAGUACAACUCCCACUCGUAAAGGGAUGGAAAGUCCGCGUGCCCCACCAGGUGUGCUUUCUGGCAAGAGGAAACUUGUUGCUUCUGAGGAAGAGAGAUCCCCAGCUAAACGUGGCCGUAAGUCAGCAACAGUGAAGCCUGGGGCUGUGAGAGCAGGAGAGAUUGUGAGCACAUGUGAAGGUGUAGAUGCUGCCGAUCCCCCAGUACUGGAGGACCAACAUGGGCCAUUGCCACACAAUAAGACCCUCUUUUUGGGCUAUGCCUUUCUCCUCACAAUGGCAACACCCAGUGACAAAUUGGUCAAUUGCCAGAAGCCUUCAGAUGGUCCUGCAGGGAGUAGUGAGGAGGAAGAAGAAUUCUUAGAGAUGGCUCCGUACAACAAACACUAUAUAGCAAAGCAGUUGCGAGCAGGAGCUGGCUAUAUCCUGGAAGACUAUAAUGAAACACAGUGUAAUGCAGCAUAUCAGUGUCUUUUAAUUGCGGAUCAGCAUUGUCGAACACGGAAAUACUUGCUGUGCCUUGCCCGAGGGAUCCCUUGUGUGUCUCAUAUCUGGGUUUAUGACAGCUGUCACGCUAACCAGCUGCAAAAUUAUCGGAAUUACCUUUUGCCAGCUGGUUAUAGCCUGCAGGAGCAAAAAUUGCUAGAGUGGCACCCACGAGAAAACCCAUUCCAUAACCUGAAGGUUCUCCUGGUAUCAGAUCAGCAGCAGAACUUCCUGGAUUUGUGGUCUGAAAUCCUUAUGGCUGGGGGAGCAUCUUCUGUUAAACAGCAUUUUUCAAAUGCUAACAACAAAGAUAUUGCAUUGGGUGUUUAUGAUGUGGUGGUGACUGAUCUUUCCUGCCCAGCUGUUGUCUUGAAGUGCGCAGAAGCAUUAAGGCUGCCUGUUGUCUCACAAGAGUGGGUGAUCCAGAGCCUUAUUGCUGGAGAGAGAGUAGGCUACAACAAGCAUCCAAAAUACAAACAUGAUUAUGUCCCUCACUAAGCUUAAACUUUGUCCUGCUGUCUCACUGUUGUGCAGACUGUUUUAAUCAGGUUUUAAAUGUUUGUGUGGAAUCAGACAGUGUGCAUGGUUUACUGUAUAUAGUUUUAUCUGCUGAACUUUUAUCAUGAAAUAAAUGUUCGAUCUCUUGUGUUA